UCUAGCCUCGCACGUGCCGGGCUGGUAGGCAAGAAACAACUCAACUCAUUCCCCUCAUGGAGCAACGCACUCUUAUAUAAUGGAGGGCGCCAACCUCGUGCGCUUGAAUUCGUCAGAACCCUGCGCUCAUCAUGAAGGUCUCGAGCUUGACGUCCGUGGCGCUAAGCCUAACUGCCUCUGUGGAAGCCUCGUAUAUCAACUAUACCACAGUGACGGGCUACUUUUUGCAAGAUGAAGCAACAACCGAUCCUUCCACGUUUGACUUUACAGCCACUAACUUUGGACUGAUCAAUCGCACGUACCCAAAUGACAAGAAGAACAGCAAUCUUACCCAGUGGGAGCGGUUCCACCACCAAGUAGUCGACUUGAAUCGCAGAUCUCCUCCUAAUGUGGAUUACAAGGUUCUAUUCCUAGGCCGCCAUGGGGAAGGCUGGCACAAUGCAGCCGAAGACUACUACGGCACUCCUGCCUGGAAUUGCUACUGGUCUCUCCUGGAUGGGAACAGCACUACCACCUGGCGCGAUGCCGAUCUAACAAAUGCUGGCAUCGAGCAGGCCCGGAUUGCCCACAACUUCUGGCAAAAGGAGCUGGACUCGCAGCACAUCCAUCCACCAGACAGCUACUUCGUCAGCCCGCUGACAAGGACUCUUCGCACGGCGAACCUCACUUUCUCCGGCCUCCGUCUCCCAUACCGAAGUGCCCCCUUCCGACCUCUGAUCAAAGAGUACUUCCGCGAGGGAAUCAGCCUCCAUACAUGCGAUCAACGCCACAACCGCACGUACAUCCACAGCCUAUUCCCGACCUGGCCCGUUGAAAGGGGCUUCACGGAGACCGACGAGCUCUGGAACGGUGUAACAGCCGAAACCAGCACUGCACAGGACUUCCGCAGUAAAGCCGCCCUAGACUCCAUCUUUAAAGCAAACGGUACCGGCCUCUUCGUCUCCGUGACAAGUCACUCGGGGGAAAUAGGCUCUAUCCUGCGUGUUAUCAAGCAUCGGACCUUUAAGCUCAACACUGGGGCUGUAAUACCUGUGCUUGUGCGCGCCGAGACUGUGCCCGACGUCCCGACUACUACCAAGCCGUCGUGGACUGUUAGUGCGCAUUGCACCGCACCGCCUGUGACCUCGGUUCAAUCAUGCAUCUGUCCGUCUACGGCGAUACCUGUAACCACGCCAUUGGUUCCGGUUUCCCUAGGAGAUGUGACAUCUAGAUACUAGUAUCCAAGUGAUGGCCGUGCGUAUAUCUAUAACUUAUGUUCUUUCCAUGCUACCCCUUACUCUUGUUUUAAGUUGUAUAUACGCAAAUGAUAAUCAACAAAGUCAUGAUUAUCGACGCGAGAUUCCCCCCCGUCAGUGUUAACUACAGGUUAAAUUGACAGCCAGCCAAGAGUCCCACAAUAGGCAAGGGACAAGAUGACACUGAAGGUACUAAAGUAGUCAAAGUACCACCCAAAAGAAAAAACCAGAUAUGCGUAAACCCUUGCAGCGGAAGAUCGACUUAACCAAAAUGGGACACUCAACAACGAUACCAGGGGAAAAAUAUUCAAAUUAGAAGCCCCAGAUCAUGAACCUGCGUGCAAUCUGCAUACUAUAAACACAAACAUUGGAAGCAUCAACAUCCGGAACCAGCAUCGGAAAGUGUGCAGAGUCCGAUGCCCAACAUGAACACAUGGAGAGCUGAGUAGAGUGAAGAUAAUGACA